CAAUGUGAAGUAUCAGAAGAGUAUAAUUUGAAACUUUCUGGGACAGAGGACUGUUUUAUUAUCUCUCAUUCUUCGAUUUUAAUAAGUGAAGAAGAGCCUCAAAGUAUUGUGAGUAAAGACGAGGAUUUCUCCUCCUAUCCAGGGCCUGUCAUGGAUGAAGAGACUCAGCACAGCCUUGAAUGCAUCCAGGCUAAUCAGAUUUUUCCCAGGAAGCAGCUGAUCCGAGAAGAUGAGAACCUUCAGGUCCCAUUCAUUGAACUUCAUGGUGAGAGUACAGAGUAUGUAGGACGAGCAGAGGAUGCCAUCAUUGCACUUUCUAAUUACAGGCUUCACAUCAAAUUCAAGGAGUCUGUUGUGAAUGUUCCAUUGCAGCUUAUAGAAAGUGUUGAGUGCCGUGAUAUAUUUCAGCUUCAUUUGACUUGCAAAGACUGCAAGGUUAUAAGGUGUCAGUUUUCUACUUUUGAGCAGUGUCAGGAUUGGCUUAAGCGACUGAACAAUGCCAUACGCCCUCCUUCGAAGAUAGAAGACCUUUUCUCAUUUGCCUAUCACGCUUGGUGUAUGGAGGUAUAUGCUAGUGAAAAGGAACAGCACGGGGAUUUGUGUCGGCCAGGAGAACAUGUAACUUCAAGGUUUAAAAAUGAAGUGGAGCGGAUGGGUUUUGAUAUGAACAAUGCCUGGAGGAUUUCCAACAUCAAUGAGAAGUACAAGCUCUGUGGUAGUUACCCUCAGGAAAUCAUAGUUCCUGCCUGGAUCACGGAUAAAGAGCUAGAGAGUGUGGCAAGCUUUCGGUCCUGGAAGCGUAUCCCUGCUGUUGUGUACAGGCACCAGAGCAAUGGAGCAGUUAUUUCCCGCUGUGGACAGCCUGAGGUCAGUUGGUGGGGCUGGAGGAAUGCAGAUGAUGAACACCUUGUCCAGUCUGUAGCCAAAGCCUGUGCCUCAGACUCGAGGUCCAACAGUAACAAAUUAAUGAAUGGAAAUUGUUCCAGAGAUUUCUCCAAUGGAGGGGACCUCUCUGAUGUGGAGUUUGAUUCCUCAAUCUCUAAUGCUUCAGGAGCAGAGAGUUUGGCAAUACAGCCUCAGAAGCUUUUGAUCUUAGACGCACGAUCUUACGCAGCAGCUGUGGCGAAUAGAGCCAAAGGUGGGGGCUGUGAGUGCCCAG